AUGAUCAUGCUUUUCGCGAUGCCCAGGAGGCCAAGCUGCCAGUAUGAUAACACCGCCUUCGAAGCACGCUGCACAUCCGCGUACGGUGUUGCGUGUAUGACCCGCAAGACUGCGCACCGCAACGUCAGAUUACCGCCAACGCAUAGCAGCCGUCGCAGGAUGAAUGUCGGAUACGCCGGUCUUGUAGGGAGUCUGCUUCCUUGCUACACCACAUACUGCAGCGUGGCCUUUGGACCCUUACCAUCCAUUGCUGCGAUCGCGACAUACCCUGUCCUGCAGAGUAAGCGACAGACCCUUCAAGUCGGUGGAGGGCUCUCCAAGUAG